GAGACUGAGUUGCUCAAAACCAUUAAAGCAAAAGAAGCUGAAACCACGGACCUAAAAAGUCGGUUACAGUACCUGCAAGCAGACUUUUUGAACUUGCAACGCAAUGCUUCUCGUGAAAAAGAGCAGCAACGCGAUUUUGCUAUCACCCGCUUUGCUGGUGACUUGCUUGAGACCGUAGAUGUUCUCGCACUCGCUCUCAAAUCCGUACCAGAGAGUGUCUUUGCCCAAACAAACUCUCCCUCCUCAGACUCGUCAUCACCCGACUCAAAAUCUGUCCAAACCUACUUGAAGGAGUUACAUCAAGGCGUGGACAUGACCCAUCGUCUCCUCCUCUCUACACUCUUCAAGUAUCAUGUCAAACCAUUCGACCCUACCGGUGACAAGUUUGAUCCUAAUCAACACGAAGCAAUGUAUCAAGCUCCAAUACCCGGAAAGGAACCUGGGACUAUAUUGGAGUGCCAGAAAACCGGGUACAUGAUUAAGGAUCGGCUAUUGCGAGCGGCGCAAGUUGGUGUCGUGCAGGACACAUCA